UGACGAGAGACGACAGAAUAGUUCGCAAAGACAUGGCCAAAACUGGGGCUGCCCCCCGUGUGACUCCAUUAGCAACCGCCAGGCGGGACUACAGAUCUGAUUCUGGACCGCCAGUCACCCGGUCACCGUGCCGCCGUACCUGAAAAAAACAUGAUGGAGCAGCAGACCGGAAAAUGGUGCCAUUUUCCUCGCUCUGGUCCUGCUGGGCUCCACCCGCGCCGUAUAUAACCAGGCUCCCCUCGACAGGAGAGGAGCCUGACUCAGUGAGACUACUAUCCAUACUGUUCAUUCCAAGACUGCUUGACUUGACUUGUCUCUCUGUACUGCGUUUUGUUUCUGCAUUGCUUGUUGAUCUGUAUUCGACUCUUCAGCAUUGCUUUGCUAUAGAACAGCGUCGUCCAUCCAACCUCUUCAUAUCACACCCAUCACAUCUACCACAAACGUCAAAUAUGGCCUCGCCUUACCUCGUUGUUGAGCCGCACCCCUCCGUGCCCAACACUCGUCGUCCAGCCCUGCACACCUCGCGCGGAGGAGCUGGCAAUGUCAUCUCGCUGCGCAACACCAGGACCACCGAGUCACUGUCUGCCACGGGCCCAGCAUCCUUGACUCGUCUCGACUCGCGCCUGCCGACCACCUUCAAGUCUGGCCGUGGCGGCGCCGGUAACGUGCACAGCAGCAGCGAGCGCGCCAUCUUUAGCUUCGACGAGGAACUCGAGCGCGAAAUGCGCCGGGAGAAGGGUAUUGCUCCUGUCUUCCAUGUCGGCCGCGGCGGUGCCGGGAACAUGAUCUUCGGCAGCGACCAGUACGGCCUGGAACGCAAGAACACGUCUAACAGCGCCUCGAGCAACGAGUCGCUGGCGGAUCGGGCAAAGGAGAAGGCUCGCACGAGCCUCGAGCGCACCUGGAGCCGCCUCACCGGUCACCAAUAGCUUUUCUAUUUGAUCUCAUUCAUCACAUCACUUCAACCACCAUUCAACAUUCAACAUUAAAUAUCACGAGACAUGACCAUUCAAACGACAAAAAAGGUUUCAAUACGGCGCAAUCAGCAUCCAUUCACCUACCAUUUCAGCGAUCAAUUUUGGGGAAAUAAAAGUUCUUUUGUUCAUUGCUGUAUGUUCUUAUUUACGUUAUUUACGGUUUGCGACAGAGUGUUUUACGGCCUCUGUAAGCAUGAUACCCUGUCUGCGAGUUUGAUCGACUUGUUUGCGAUUCGACUCUGGACUGUGGACUCUAGUCUGGAGAACUGGGAGGUUCUACAUUGUAUAAUUAUAACUGCUUAAUAUCAUCAUCUCCUUCAUUAUCAUCUAAAUUAUAAUUUACGCUAUUAUCUUUCUCAGAAUUAUAAG